AUGGUCGAAGAGGGCGCUGAGAACACGAUAACAAAACCACCGUUCUCCUAUAUCACACUGAUUGUGUCCGCAAUGAGCUCGAAACCAUCGAAGCAUAUUACAUUAAAUGAAAUUUAUGCAUGGAUCAUGUCUACGUUUGCAUACUAUCGGAAAAAUACGAGGCGAUGGCAAAACUCCGUCCGACACGCGCUAUCAUUCAACGACUGUUUCAUCAAAAUCCCUCGACCGUCCGGCGAGGCUGGCAAAGGAUGCUAUUGGACCGUGCAUCCUCGAGCGGUGGACAUGUUUGAGAAUGGCUCGUCAAUGAGACGGAAUCGGAAGUUCGUUGACGAGUCCCGCGUCCGCACUGGGCCUGGCCGUCGGCGGAUUCCAGCUUACAGCAAGGCCAAUAUAGUUGCAGAUGGCAAUUACUGCAUGAAACAAGAAUGUCGCCCUAUCCUAAAAAACCAAGCAAAACUACCAACAUCAACACUGGUUAAUAAUUUGAAACACUCCAAUCCGAGCAGAAAUGUGGACGAUAUCAGUGGGGCUGGAAAUCAUACCAAUUUCGAUCCGUUAUGGUACUCCAGUAUACACAAAUCGACCGAUUUGGAUAACUUUGGACUAGGAUGUUGGAACAGAAAUCAGUGGCUGGAAUUUCAUUCAGACAAUAACUUGGAGUAUCAGCGCGAAACAAUGUGGCGGGUGCACAACCAUCCGGAACGCCAGUCUGCUCAGCACCAGUAUCCACAGGUUUCUUCGUCAGUCAUCAUCACCACCAGCCCGAUCCCGGUGGGGACAGAAUUCGAUGCUUCCCACGAUUCGAUCCGAAAUCCUAAUCCCUCGGAUCAUUCGGACACAAAACUGUGGCCGUUCGAGAACCGUUCAGACCAAAGGGUUGUUCCUUCGAUUUGCACGACGAUUCGCCAGUUCGUCGAACUGGACUCACAGACUUCCAGUAGCGUGUGA